CAGUAUCGUUGGGGCGCCCGCUCGAGAGACACACGUGUUACACGCUCUCACGGUCGAACCAUCGCGUCGGCUUUCGCGUCCUUCCAUCAGCCGAGGGAAAACUCGUGGAAAAGCGUAGAUCCGCGAACCGAUCGAACCGACUCUUUCGAAACAGUGUCGCAAACGAAAUCGUCACGGGUUUGUUGGUACGCGAAUUUUUUUCUCCCAUCUUCGAGCUGACACGUCGUUCAAAACGACGACAUCGUGCCAAUUCGGCAAUUUGUUUAUUCUUCACUCUCACCUUGACAGCGGUUCGCGACGUGUGCACGCCUUCUGAAAUCGGAGUGAAUAUUUUUUUUAAAGAAGAUACAGUGAACGUGGGUGGAUCGGUGAAAUUUCAAACAGUUUAAAUUCUGUUUUCGUUAUAUUUUAUUUUUGUUCUCUUCUAAAUGAACAAGCGGUGUUAAGUUCGGACGCGAUGUUUGAACGGCGAUUUAUAGCAAACAAUGCAUCAGAAAAUAUCAAUAAGAUUUCGGCCGAGCCGAAAAAACAUCCUGAGAAAAUUAACACUUUCGAUGAGGAAGUGAAGAAAAUUUAUUGAAGGAUCGUCAGAGAAGAUUAUCGAAAGGAGAAAUUAAUUUCAAGACAAAAGAAUUGAGUGUGCUAAUUAGUGAUCUGUCCAACGGAGCAUUCACGAGCUCCAGUCGUGUUUUGAAGGAAAAGCUAGUUGGUCGAGGAGACAUGAUUCGAGACGGUACAUUGGCUCUGUUUGUGCUCGUUAAUCAGUUCAAUUGAAUAACGUAUUAAUACGUCGGGUUCAUCGCAACGGGUUAAUCACAAUGUCCACGCCGGACACGAUGGACACCAUCGAUGAAGCGGAGCAGGCAUGGCACGAGAUGCUGGAGUGCGAGACCGGAUCCUUAUUGGGUCGAGUGGCCGAUCUCGAGAGGCAAUCCUUGGCGCAGAGGGACGAGAUAGUUUGUCUUCGCGCUACUCUCGCGGAUGCGCUAAGGCGAAUUGCACAGUUGGAAGGACGCGAGAAAAGGGAGGACGAGAGGAACGAGAGGAGAAACGAAAGGAUGGUGUCCUCGCCCCUAAGAAAUGGACAUGCACCGCUUAGAACAGGUAAUCAAAAUUCGGUGCCCCAAAAAGACAUACGUUUACGUCAAACCAGUACUUCGUGCCUGAGGAAUUCUUCUUCCUCAGGAUCUUCUCAGGAUGUACGAGAUUCUCUCUCCAGUCCACGUAGACCAGUCAGUUAUACACAUUCAUCACAACUUCCUCAGAGAAGGUCAGUUCAUUACCAAUCAACGGGUUCGUUACACUCGGACAGUCCCAGUAGUAGUAGUGUUUCCCCGGUGCCAUCGCCAAGUCCUAGAGCCACACCACUGCCAGUAGCCAGAUCACCAACAGCAAGAUCAAACGGACCCCCGAAAAGCAGUUUAAGAAGGGCGAAGCGGUGGUCGUCGACGGGGGAUUUUACUCAUUCCCCUCAAAAUCAAGGAAGCAAUUCACAACUUGUCAGCAGUAGAUUAUCAGCCUCCACCAAGUCUCUGUUCAACCUCUUCAAGCCCCCUGCGACGAACAACGUGAAACAUGGUACCAGAGACAUGCAGCACAACGAGGAGGAAAACACCGUCCGUAUGUACCUGCGGGGACGACCCGUCGUCCUCUACGUUCCGACACCUUUAAUGGAGUCCUACGACCUUCACAAAGUCAGCACACCGCCCCAAAGCAAACUGAAACUCGACUGGGUAUACGGUUACCGAGGCAGGGAUUGUCGAAGUAAUUUACAUCUUCUACCAACUGGAGAAAUUGUAUAUUUCGUCGCAGCAGUGGUGGUCUUGUACAAUAUGGAAGAACACAGCCAAAGACAUUACCUGGGUCAUACCGACGAUAUCAAAUGCAUAGCAAUUCAUCCCAACAAAUUAGUGGUAGCCACUGGACAAGUAUGCGGAACUGAUAGACGAGAUGCGAUGCCACACAUAAGAAUAUGGCAUACAGUCAGCUUGACUACUCUUUCUGUAAUUGGUAACGGGGAAUUCGAUGGAUCGAUUUGCUGUCUCUCGUUUUCGAAAGCAGACGGUGGGAAUUACUUGUGUGCAAUUGAUGAAACGCCAGAUCACAACAUUUCUAUUUGGGACUGGCAAAAGGGAGAGCGAGGUACCAAGGUGAUCGAAACGAAGUGCUCCGUCGAUACGGUGGUAUGCGCUGAGUGGCAUCCUCUGGAACGGACCCACAUUGUAUCCUGUGGAAAGGGACACGUGUCCUUCUGGACUCUCGAUAACGGAGACGUUUUAUACAAACGAAUGGGCAUUUUGGAAAGCAGGGAAAAGCCGAGAUACUUCACUUGCGUGGCUUUCAGUCAAAAUGGCGAUGUCCUUACUGGUGAUAGUAAUGGUAACAUCAUCGUUUGGGGUAGAGGUACAAGUACUGUGUCUAAGAUAGUAAGGAAUAUCCAUGAAGGCUCUAUAUUUUCAAUUUGCGUUCUGAAAGAUGGUUUUAUCGUUACCGGCGGUGGCAAGGAUGGUAAAAUACUGUACUUCGACGAUUCUUUAAAUUCGACGGGAGAAGAAGCACAGAUUGAAGAUCAUUUUGGAGGAAUCCGAACACUAGCAGAAGGCAGAGGCUCACAAUUGUUGAUUGGUACAACAAGAAAUUGCAUUUUGCUCGGUGAUGUAGGAAUCGGAUUCAAUCCAGCCAUGUUGGGACAUGCCGAGGAGGUUUGGGGCCUGGCUGCUCAUCCAACUUUACCACAAUUUGCAACAGCUGGCCAUGAUAGGCUAUUGCAAAUGUGGGAUAGUCUCAGUCACACUGUUGUCUGGAGCAAAGAUAUUGGGGAACAGGCACAGAGUAUUGGAUUUUCACCAGAUGGUAGUGUGAUGGUAGUUGGAUGCACCUCCGGAAAAUGGUUAGCAAUCGACAGUGAAACUCGAGAACUAUAUACUCACCACAGCGAUGGAACAGAAUCCAUUCAGGUCGUUCAGUUUUCACCAGAUGGUACACUAUUAGCACUUGGCUCCAGAGAUAAUUACAUUUAUAUCUACCAAGGAAAUGAAGAUGCAACCAAGUACAGUCGAGUUGGGCGAUGUAUGCCAAAGCGGAUGUGCAGGCGUGGAGGACAUUCCAGUUUUAUAACUCAUCUGGACUGGUCAGUGGAUGGACAAUAUUUACGUAGCAAUAGCGGAGACUACGAGCUACUGUAUUGGAAUCCUGGAGUUUGUCGUCAAAUACCUCAAUCAUCUAUCAUGAGGGACGUAGACUGGGCAACUCAUACUUGCGUUAUAUCCUUCGAAACUAUUGGAAUAUGGCCCGAAGGUGCAGAUGGCACAGACGUGAACAAUUGCACUCGUAGCAACGAUUCGAAAUUGCUGGCAACUGGAGAUGAUUUCGGAAAGGUCAAGCUGUUCUCUUAUCCUGCUUGUCAACCGAAGUCGUUGUGUCAUACGUACGGUGGCCACUCCAGUCACGUUACAAAUGUAUCGUUCCUCCAAGACGACACACGAUUGAUUUCCACCGGUGGAAGCGACACCAGCGUUCUUCAGUGGAUUGUAAAUUACUAACUUUACCUAACCGAGGAUGUGCACAUCAAAUCUUUAAAACUUUUUUCAAUAAAAGUACAAAUUUCAAGAAAAGUCAAAUUUCUCUUAUACCGAUAACAAUCCAGAUUGCCUUCACAGAGUUAACAGACAGGAAGUAAAAAAAUAAAUAAAUGCUUUAGCACAAAAGUAGUGCAAUUACCAAAAGAAACCCUGAAGUUGAAGGAGGUAGUCCAAAAAGUUUAUUUUUUAAGGCGAUAUUCACGAAGGAAAUGCACUAUUACUAUUUUAAAGCUUUGAAAACCGAUGCUUUUUGCAUGAAAAUUAGUACUAUUGACACAUCGAAUCGAUGGCAUUUUUCUCGAUUUACUUUAUCGACUUGAAAUAUCAAGCAGGUCGCUACCGUGACAUAACGAGGUCGUAACUUCAAGUAUUCAGGACAACACACUUGUUUUGUUUUAAGGUUCUGUUUCAAUGUAUUGCAUAAAAUACUGUACAUGGAUUAGCUAGUGAUAGAAACGCGAGUUUGAUUGGUGGUAGCGUAAUAGAUCCACCAUUUCAGCUACAAUUGUAUCGCCGCUCCAGAAGAACAAUGACACAACUGUAAAAUUGCAGAGGAUAUAACCGGAUAAGGUGAUCAAAAAUAUUCUUGAACUAAGUUACACUCAUAAUGCGUCAUUCAAUAGAAUAUCCAAAGAGAACACUGUAUGUACACCAAUUUUCAACCUUUUAUCGUAACUAAGAGAGUAGUAAAGAAGGAAGAAUCGAAAUUCCAGUUUCUGUCCUAUUUUUUGUAAUUAGUAGCAUCCGAAAAUUUUGUAAAAAUUCUGACAUAUUGCAGACGCAAAGAGCAUAGUAUUAAUUAAUUAAGUUAAUUCUAUUUUUCUAACCGAUAAACCAUUUGUGUAAAUGUUAAUACAUUUAAAACUACUUAAUAAAUGUCCUCAUAUUUAUCGUUAUAAAUAUUCGUUUGACCUUAUCAGUUUCACAUGCAAUUCUAACGUGGAAUGAUCCCAAACCCGGAAAUUCAAUUUGUAGAACAUUUACGUCUUAAAAUUAUAAAAAUAAUAAAUCUUAACAGAUGUAUUAAUAA